AUGGUAUAUACUGGAAGAAUCUCUUUCAGGCCGUACCAUUCACUGGUGGAACGCAUCAAAUCGGAGGUUCAGGCUCAUCCAAUUUAUAUCGUCUGUUUACCUAUCACGACCAAGAAAUCAUUUUUCUUCUGCCAGUACACUCCAAAGGCCUUACCCAACGGCAAGGAAGGGAUGGAUACAAAGCUAGUCAACUGGGCAGCGAGAGCAUGGAAUAAACUUGAAAGGUCCGAAAAUAGAAUCAACAAAUCAAUUGUGAGUCUUAUGCAUCGUCUUCUAAAUGAAAUACCGUGGAUGGAGACGUGCUUUAGGUCCAUACCGUCGCAAAACAAAAUUACUCGAUAUCUCAAAGAUUACCAGAAACCAGACGAGAAAACAGACAGGACAUCAGACCAGGAUCGCAAAGUGCAUCCAGGAUUGGUGACCCAAUUAGACAUUUCUCCGGAGGAACUGGAGCAAAUACCUUUAUACUACCCAUCGUUGUUGCUCUCUAGCGAGCAAAUCACUAACGAACUUCGAUCAGAGAUCCAAAAAGGUCACGAGUACCAUAAAAAGUACCUGCUUGUGAAUCUCUUACUGCUGCCACUAACAAUUCCUUUUGCAUUGAUCCCACUGAUACCCAACGUUCCUGGAUUCUACCUUGCUUAUCGAUCGUACUGUCAUUUGACGGCAUUGAAUGGAGUGAAGCAUCUUCGUUUUCUGCUGGACCUAAAAGGUGGCGAGGAGCACCAUCUUCAGAUGAUCGGUUUACAAGAUGCACACAACCUUUUCAUCGAGUCCACAGAUGAAACUACAAGAUCCAAUGUGCUUGAACACAUUAAAAAGGGUGAUUUGAAAGAAAAGCUAUUGCUCGAUGAAAGCUCCAUCACGAACAUUUGCAAGGCUUUUGGAAUUGAGAAAUUUGAGCCCAACUUGCAUGUCGCACUGUAUCAGGAACGUAAAAGGCUGAGCCAGGAAGGUCUUGAGCCCUCUAGAGAUUAG